UCGGAAAGGAUAAACAAAAAGGAAGGAAGCCUUCGGCGAGACAAUCGCGGCAAAAUCGGUUCAAAUUUUACCUCGGAAGCUUUACUUGGUCACUACAUGCGCGUUUUUGUUGCUUAGACUGCUACCGUCAGGCGUUCACAAUCAUGAACGACUCGUUAUUGUUUCGUAUGAGUGCAUUUUCGGAUCAAGGAGGGAGAAAAUACAUGGAGGAUGUUAUCGAGAUCAGAAUCGAGUACGAGCCGACGGCGUCAACAGACGAGGAAUAUCCCAAGUCGCAGAGACAUGGAGGGCAGGGGAGCGCAGCUGGCCCGCAGACUGUAACAGAGCCACAUGGCCUGAGCAGACCAGGUCCAGCCACCGCUGCGUGGGUUGAGAGCUUAUCCGACGAGGACGUUUGCAGCGUCGGUACCCCGGCGUCGAGCGAGAAUGUUGUUGUUGACACGCGGAGGUCCGUGGCGUUCUUCGCCGUGUUUGACGGCCACGGGGGCCGCGAAGCGGCGCAUUUCGCCAGUGAGCAUCUGUGGGAUCUGCUGAAGAGGCAGCGGGGCUUCUGGUCAAAGGAGCACGGCGAGGUUUGCGCCGCUCUACGGAAAGGCUUCAUCGCUUGUCACCAAGCAAUGUGGAAGGAGCUGCCAGAGUGGCCAAAAACUAUAACUGGCCUGCCCAGCACAUCGGGCACCACGGCCAGCGUCAUCGUGAUCCGGGGAGUUCACAUGUACGUUGCUCAUGUAGGAGACUCGGCCGUAGUGGUUGGAGUGAAGGAAAACAACUCUGACAUCACGCUCCAGGCGCUUGAAAUAACGCAAGACCACAAACCUGAACUUCCGAAAGAAAAAGAAAGGAUUGAGCGACUGGGUGGCAGUGUAAUGAAGAAAUCUGGGGUUAACCGUGUUGUGUGGAAGAGGCCGCGGCUGACGCACAACGGGCCUGUGAGGAGGAGUACUGUCAUAGACCAAAUCCCGUUCCUCGCAGUCGCUCGAUCCCUCGGUGAUCUGUGGAGCUACGACUUCUACAGUGGAGAGUUUGUUGUUUCUCCUGAACCCGAUACCACUGUGAUGACCCUCGAUCCCAAACGGCAUCGCUACAUCAUUCUCGGCAGCGAUGGGCUGUGGAAUAUGAUGCCGCCCAAGAACGCCGUGAAUAUGUGUUACAGCCACGACAAAAUGGCAGGACCAAAGGGAAUGUCUUGCGCCAGGAGGCUAGGAUGUACGGCUCUGCUGUUCUGGAAAGAGCGCAUGCUCCGGGCAGACAACACGACCGUCAUCGUCCUGGCCCUGCAGGAGCGCGGGGGCCCGCCCAUUCCCAUGCACCGAGACGAGAUCGUCGUUGACAUGGCAACAGGCAUCGACCAAAUUCCAUACCCGGGAACGCCAUAUAACACGUGCGAGAUCCAAAAGCCAAUUGGUCCGCUGGAAGCCCCCUCCCCUUUUACAGAAAGUUCUCGAACACUGGAACAGGCCUUCGGGCUGUACGAGGCAGCUUUCUGCGCCACCACGCAGCUCUUACCCGAAGCAGACUCCACGCUGCGCCCCGCAGACCGUUCGACGAAUGUUUUUGAGAAGCAAGACCCGUCCAGCACCCAGGUGGACUGCGACGAUUCGGCUCCUCCUUCAAAAAAGCCCUGCCGGUCCUCCUCCAGAGCCCCUGAACUUAAAGGUCCUAAUACCUGGCUUGGCGGGUCUCCGAGCAAAGGUUGCUCGCAGAAGAAACUUCACGGGAAAACAGACAGCGAACAGUCCCUACAGCCGAACAACGCGGAAUCGGGUCCGUCUGAGGAUGGUGGCAUUCUGCCGCAGCACGCGUCGGCCCUGUGCGUGUGCUGAACCCCGUCUCGAAAAAAUCUGCACACCGGUUCUUAGAUGUAUACUUUUAUACAAAGUCUCUAUUUGUAUGUUCAUAUGUAAGAUAGAGGUCUUGUAAAUGUGUUGCUGUUCUGAUUUCCCCCUCCCCCUUUUUUUCCUUUUCACCUUUUCUGUAUAUUUUAAGGAGAAAGCAUUAAUUUAAAGUGUCUUCAGUUUGAACAGAAUUGGGACACACACAUACUUCCAUUUUUAGAUUUUUAUCAAAAGAACUGAACUACGGUAGAUUAAUUUUAAUCGAGGAACAGGCCAUGUUUUUCAUUAGCAGUGGUUAAUACCUCAGCUCACCUGUUUGGGUCUAAAGAAUAUUAAUAUAUUGAUAACUUGAUGAGACGAUCUCCUCGGUUGUACUAUUCAGCACAAGCAGAGGUGUAAUUUUUUAAAAUAUUUGUUUUAUAUGUAAUUAUGAUUGUUUAUAACCACGGUUUUUCAUUCCGUUGUGUUUUUGUUUGCAUUUUAAAGAAUGGUCAGUAUUAAACAUGCUUUGGAAUCGUCUCCCCAUGCAUUUGUCUUUGUAGCAUUCCAAGCGCCUUCAUUUUGUUGUCAUUUAUCAUCUGGGUUUAGAAAUAAAUGAGUUUUUGUUCAAAACAUCUAUUUAAGCUGUAGAGGCAGAAAUAGAUGUUGGUCGCAUCAGGCUGAAAUGUUUUACGUAAGCUAACAUUAGCCACUUCCCCCAUACAUCACACUACCACAGCUCGGUUUCCUUUGAAGUUGAUGUUUUGUGAAUCCAUAACUUGUCCGAUGAGACAACACUUAAUUGCUCGUGUAACUUGUGUUACUACAACAGCUCGGUUACUAAGCUAAAUAAUAUGUCUGCUUAUAUUUAGCAUAAAAUGUCAUUGUUGCCUUAGCACAGAUGAGUGAGGUUCUUUUGUGUGUGCGUCUGUGUUUGUAUUUCAGAUCUAAAAUCAGGUAAUGGAGUGUGUCUAGUGUGUUUCAGCCAUCCAUGUCACUACGGUUCAGCUGUUUAAGAGUUCUCUUUUUCUUUUUUUUUGUACAUUGAGUAAAUAUGCAACAUCAGUUUGUACAGUACUAUAAUAUGCAACAUGUGGGGAUUUUCCAGGAGUUUGGCAUGCUCAGAUUUAUGCUGUACUUUGUGAUUUGUGUGUGAUGAGGAUAAUGAAUGUCGACGGGCAUGUUCAUGGAUGUGUUUUAACAAUACCAAUACCUUUGUCUCACUUUAUAUUCAGUGUUGCAAAUUUUCAAGUUGCAUACUUUCAAAGUGAUGACGUAAAUAAAAUGUCUGUGUUGU